AUGCCAACGAAGCCAUGUGCUGAAGAUAUCCAUACACCCAAUCCGUUACCAGCACGAGGUGUGUACGGCUUCUCUCUGUACAUAUCGUCUUUCUGCUUCUUGAUACUGUACACCUUGUGGGCUGUUGUCCCAACACCGAUAUUGAAUAGUUACAAAUUUGAAUUUGUUUCAAUAUUUCUACGAGGGAUCUCUUAUGUCCCAGCCAAAUACUGGGUUAUACUGAUCCCUCUGAUACUCGUAACACUUAUAGUAUCGUUUGUUUUGUCCAUAUUUCUACUAAAUAUCUAUCGCUUCAGAGGUUACGGGAUAUUCGAAGAAGUUGAGGUGGUUGAGAAAGAUUUUGGCGAAUCUGUUCCAUUAGCUUUUGAAGUUCCACCUGACAAGAAAAGUAUCCAUUGA